AUGUCUCUCUAUGAAGGCGGGAGCUCGCAUCAUAUCACGGAUGGCUCUUCUGAUCCGAAUGAGACAUUCAAAUCAUGUGAUCUCGUGAUCAAUCAGUCAGCGUUCCAUACUAGCCGUCUUCGAUCCAAGGUGUCUAAGAUGUCUAAUCGCAAUGUUCGUCAAAUUUACUUCUACGAGUUCAAACUGGGCCGGACUGCCGCUCAAACCGCUCGAAAUAUCAACGAAGUAUGGGGCCAGGGAAGUAGCAACGAAUGCACAGCACAACGUUGGUUCCAAAAGUUUCGUGCCGGCAACACCAGCCUCGAAGACGAAUCGCAUGGCAGCCGUCCACUAAUCCUUGAUAACUUUUCUGAACUUUUCUGA